UUCAAGAAAUCCAAGGACGACGACAGCGAAGACUCCAGCCGUCGGGCACUCUUUGGCUCCCGAUCUCGAGACAAAAGCCCCAAUCCGCAGGCGAAUAGCAGCAACCCAUACGCACAACCGAUUCCUACAGACCCAUACACACGUGCCAAGGUCAACGCAGGCGUUGCUCCUGGCCCUCCCGGCGGGGCUGGCUAUGGUGACGUGAAGCAUCCAGAUGGCCCAGGGGCUGGUGGUCCCGUCGGCAACAUGCAGGGCGGAUACGCACCAAACCGAUAUGCCAACCAGGGAGGAUAUGGAAAUGAUCGAUAUGGGGGUGGUCAAGAGAAUAGACACGGCGGCGGUGGUGGUGGAUCACGACCAGGCGGCUACGGUGGUCUGGGGGCCGGGGAUCCCAAUGACCCCAACCAAGAGGCGGAUCGAAAUGCUUUAUUUGGAGGCGCUCGUGAGAGAGCUCAGAAUCAACCCGCUGGUGGACCACCGCCACCGUAUUCCUCAGGCGGCGGCAGCGCGGGAGGCUAUGGACAGGAGGAGACUCCUGGCACAUCAGCUGUCUAUGAGGAGCGACAACUGACAGCCGAAGAAGAAGAGGAAGAAGAAGUUACUAAUGUCAAGCAAGAGAUCCGUUUCAUCAAGCAAGGCGACGUAUCCUCUACACGAAAUGCCCUCCGAGUCGCUGCACAGGCUGAAGAAACCGGUCGCAACACCCUCGCUCGUCUAGGAGCCCAAGGUGAACGUGUUCUUGAUACUGAGAAGGCACUUGAUGUUGCAGCCAGCCAAGGUCGUCUGGCUGAGGAAAAGGCCAGGGAACUCAACACUCUUAACAAGAGUAUGUUUGCCGUCCACGUCUCGAACCCGUUCACCAAGAACGCCCGUCGUCGCGAGCGUGAUGAACAGCUUCUCGCCACCCACCGUGAAGAGCGCUCGACGCGUGAGGGGACUCGCUCAGAAGCCUUCCAAGCUAGCCAGCGCAUGGAGCGCACUUUCCGAGAGAUCGAACGGGAUGCUAAUAAGGCGAACCCAAAGCAGGGGAAGAACAUUUCCGAGCGAGCCAAGUAUCAGUUCGAAGCUGAUAGUGAAGAUGAGGCUAUGGAAGACGAGAUUGAUAAUAACUUGAACCUGCUGGCCGGUGCCGCGUCACGUUUACAUGGCCUGUCAAAAGCUACAGGCAAGGAAUUGGAAGAACAGAACCGUCAUUUGGACAGAAUUGCGGGAAAGAGCGACUACGUGGACGAUCAGAUCGCCAUGAACCGCUCCCGUUUGGAUCGUAUC